AUGACUGCCGAUAUCGACUGGUUGACAAACUUGGGGGGCCAAGUACGUGGCAGUCAAGGUCAUCACCGCGGAUGCCAGUGCCGGAAGCUAGCUAGCUACUCUCUCUUGGAAAACUCGUCGUCUAGACCAGGAAGAGAAAUACUUCCAUCGCUCAUUGACAAAUUUUGGGCUGCCGGUCCCAAUGGGAAACAUCGCGGUAUCGGUACUCCGCCGGCACAGAUGAGCUUGUACGAUGCGAAGGAGGCUUCAACGUUUUGUCUUUUUCGACCUAAGGUCGCGCGGUCGAUUAUCGCUCAGCUCAUUCGUGGGGUGGCAUUUCUUCGCAGCGAGGGCAUUAUACACGGCGACCUUCAUCUGGGCAAUAUUUUGGUCCAAUUUCCCGAAUCAAUUGAUCAGUAUACCACAUCAGAGCUAUACGAGAGAUUCGGAGAGCCAGAGCCGGAGGCUGUUGUUCGUCUUGAUGGCAGGUCACUGUCGACGAGCGUACCCGCACAUGUAUUCGUUCCCGGUUGGUUUGGUUUUCGUAGCGAUGACAUUGCACUUGGGGAGGAGAGGAUUGUGCUCAGCGACUUUGGAGAAUCUUUCAAUCCUCACAAAACACCCAGAUUCUUUUCAAAAACCCUCCCUCUCAUCCAACCGCCUGAGGCCCGAUUCUCGGGUGAGCCGCUCUCCUUUGUCUCAGACAUUUGGACGCUUGCCUGCACUAUCUGGGAGAUUUACGGCCAGCGACCUCUAUUUGACACUUUUUUUUCCCCAACUGCAGAGCGUGUCACCGCGGAGCAAGUAGAAGUCCUUGGUAUUUUACCUCAUGAGUGGUGGGCACAGUGGCAUAGAAGAGUGGAAUGGUUCAAUGAAGAGGGGGAAUUGGAUUUAAAGCCGGAGAUGGCUAGACGCCACGAUGGCGUGCGCAGGACUUGGGAUGUGAGGUUUGACUAUUGUAUACAGGAGCCUCGAACCGAGGCGGGCAUGGAGAUCGUGACGGAGGAAGAGCGGAGGGCGUUUGAGGUGAUGCAUCGCUCAAUGCUGACCUCCCGGCCAAAUGAAAGAGCGACAGCACAGCAACUAUUGCACUCGGAGUGGAUGAAAGGCUGGGGGCAACCAGCUCUCUUCAAGAGCUGGAGUGAUGAAUGA